AUGGCGACCGGGAGCUCUGAAACGUCGCCGCUGCUCUCUGCUCCGGCAGCAGCAGCAGCAGCAGCGCCGUCGUCGCCGCCUCCAGCUUCCGGCAUGUCGUCGAGAGUCAAGACGGCCCUCUGGGGCCCGCCGUCGAUCGAGCGGUCGUUGCUUAUCAAGCUGGACUUCACGGUGCUGAUAUACUUCUCGGUGAUCUGGUUCCUGUUCGGCAUCAACCGCGCGAGUUAUAACACGGCGUAUAUCAGCGGGAUGAAAGAGGAUCUUCAUUUCCAAGGAAAGGACUUCAAUUACAUGCACACCAUCUACCUGGUCACCUAUGCGGUCUUCCAGAUCCCGUCAACUUCUCUUUUGACCGUCGUCAAACCACGCUAUGUCUUCGUCGCGGCGAACACCGUCUGGAGCGUACUCACUCUCGUCACCUUCCGCACGACGCAUGUCCAUCAGAUCUUCAUCCUCAACGGCUUCGAAGGCGCUUUCUCGGCUGUCGCAUACGUGGGCGCCCAUUUCAUCUACGGCUCGUGGUACAAGCAAUCCGAGCUCGCGACCCGCGCGGCGGUCUUCUGCGCCUUUGGAAACCUCGGCAACAUGGCCGGUGGCUGGAUCCAGGCCGGACUGCUGGCGUCCUUGUCGAACGGUCCGCUGGCCCCUUGGAGACUCAUCUUCGUGGUGGUUUCGUGUGUCACGAUUCCGUUUGCCGUUUUUGGCUGGUUUGCUAUCCCGGAUUUGCCGGAGCACCGAACAGCCAGAUUCCUCUCCGCCGAAGAACGGGAAUUCGCCGUGCGCCGUCUCGGUCAUGCGAAGGCCAAGGAGUGGGAUUUGAGUGUCUUCCGACGUGUCCUCCUCAGUUGGCAGUUCUGGCUGCUUCCGACCGUCUUCAUGCUCUACUCCCUCAGUGUGCAGGCCAUCGGCAACAACGUCAUACCGCUGUGGAUGGCCUCCCGAGGCUACAGCGUGAUCCAGCAGAACAACUACCCGACGGCGACCUUCGCGACCGGCAUCGUGGCGACCUUCAUCUACUGCGCCGUCUCCGACAGGCUCCGCUCCCGCUGGCAGGCGUCUCUGUGCAUCGGCUUCACUUUCAUCGUCAGCAGCGCCAUCCUCAUCGCGGACCCGCCCGACGCGGGGUACUUCUUCGCGUUUUACCUGAUGGGCACGACGUACGCGCCGCAGGCGCUGUGGUACUCGUGGAUGGCGGACCUCACGGCGCAUGACCUGCAGCUGCGGGCCAUCACGACCGGGUUCAUGAACUCGUUUGACUUUGCGUUUGUGACGUGGUGGCCUCUCAUCUUCUUCCCUGUGACGGAUGCGCCGAAUUAUCGCAAGGGGUAUAUCGCGAGUCUAGUGACGGGGGCUCUGACUGUACCCGUCAUCAUCCUGAUCGCGGUUCUUGAGAGGAGGGGAAGGAGGAAGGGAACCAUUGGCAACGUUCCCGGCGGAGAUAGCGAUGCGGUGACGGAUCGGUCUGGGAGGCAGUCAAGGCAGUCUGAUGUUGGGCCUGGCAAGGUCAACGGAGACGCUACGGAACCAGCGGCAGCUGUGACGAAGGUGAUAGCGCCCAGCGGCAUCUGA